GCUGUCAAUUAAUUGACACCGGUGAUUGAACAAACAAUUUCUCCGUAUUUUUUAAUAAAUAGGUUUAAAAAUGUUAUUAAAACUAUCAACAUUAUUUUUAUUUAUUGAUAUUGCGUGGGGACUAUACUUCCACAUAGCUGAAGGCGAGCGAAAAUGUUUUAUAGAAGAAAUUCCAGACGACACAACAGUUCUUGUGAACUACAAAGUCGAGUUGUAUGAUCCAAGGUCGGGAGGUUUCAUGCCGUCUUCUCCCGGUAUCGGAAUGCACGUUGAGGUCCGUGAUCCUAGUGAGAAAUUGAUGUUGUCACGUGUGUAUUCAUCAGAAGGGAUGAUUUCGUUCACUUCCACGUCACCCGGAGAACAUGUUAUUUGCAUGUAUUCUAACAGUACAUCAUGGUUCAGUGGAUCACAGUUGAGGGUACACCUUGAUAUACAAGUUGGUGAACAUGCUGUUGAUUAUGCAAAUGUUGCACAAAAAGACAAACUCACAGAACUGCAGUUGCGAAUUAGACAAUUGUUAGACCAGGUUCAUCAGAUAACAAAGGAGCAGAGUUACCAGAGACACCGUGAAGAGAGGUUCAGACAAACAUCGGAGAGCACAAAUCAAAGAGUCAUUUGGUGGAGUCUGCUGCAAACUGGAGUCCUCAUUGGUAUUGGAUACUGGCAGAUGAGACAUCUCAAGAGUUUCUUUGAGGCUAAGAAAUUAGUGUAAAUUGUAAUUAUUUCCCUAGAUUAUCUAUAUAUUAUAUGUAAUCAACAGUAAUUUGUUUCACGACUUUUGUAAGAUACUUAAAUUAUUUUCAGUCAAAAUAAAUAAAACUAUUGUUUUUGUAAUAAUGAUCUGUAAGGUUUUCAAUAAAAAUAUAAUUGAUUUUGAAAAUA